AUGGCUCAGAAAGCAGCCAAAACCCUUGCGGCCCGCAAUGCCUCUGUCCUGCUACGCACCCAUAUUACGACCCUCUGCCUGCAUGUGGUCUUCCUCCUGUUACACUGGCUCUUCAACCGCCCACGGUCCAUGUGGCAGUACUUUGUCUUCGUCUGUCCCACACUCCUCAUCGAGUUCUACCUGGAGCGUCUGGGUCGACCGCGUUUCAACCCGGCUGACGGCUCGCUCCGGUCUGCCGGUGAGGAUCUCGGUGCAUCGGGGCUGACGGAAUACAUGUGGGAUGUCCUCUACUGGACUUGGGGCUGCAUGGGGGCUGUCUGUGUGUUCGGAGACCGGGCCUGGUGGCUGUGGGCGGUCAUCCCGCUGUACUCGGGCUGGUUGGCCUACACCACCGUUAUGGGCAUGAAGAGCGGGCUGGCCGGGAUGGGAGGAGCUGGAGCGGGUGAGCCUGCUGCGGAUAGCAAGAGACAGAAGAAGAUGGAGAAGCGGGGUGCUCGCGUGCAGUAUCGCUGA